GUCUCACUGCUGAGGAGCUGAGGAAAAUUCUUCAAGCAUUUGGAUACAGCAACAAACACGCCAUCUCGCCAGCGGCUUGGGCUCUCUUCACCUCCGCGGCAAAAUGUGCUAUCUACGCGAGAAAUGACGGACUGCUGAACUUCCAGCAAACCAGUCUACGCGAAGCGGUCGACGUUCUCCUUCUUAAUAGUCUGACGUCACCGUCGCGUGCCAGACACGUGACCACGUUUGAAAACCCAUGGGAGCUUCAGAAAUUUCAAUUUCAUUCCGUGCUUACCAGAGGUUUCUCCCAGUUCCCUUGCGACGCGCGGCUGGUCAACGAGUUGCCGUGGCAACUUAAAGCAGCUGCUGACGUCAGCGGUUUGAAAGCGACCCUAGCGAGGCCGGAAGUGUUCGUGAAAAUGUGGUCGAAUAUAAAGGAUCUGAGAUUCGUUGUUGAUUUUUUGAACUACUGGAAAUUUUUAACUCGAGAAGAAUGUGAUGUAGUUGAAACAUACUCUGGCAUGCUGGAUGAGAUCGCGAGGUCUUUAGAAGAGACUGAGGACAAGACUAGUACCCAGGACACCUCGGAAACCGGAGAUCUGGCGCACGCUGAGAAUCAUGGUAUAGCAGACAGAAUAUUGCGCAAGAGACCUGGAUCAAAAUAUGCCCCAAUUGAAGUCGCUUACGUCGCCUAUUUAAUAGGAAUCUAUUUCCUGGGUCUGCAAGAGUUCGAGUCAGCAGAGACGACGUUGCAACGUGCAUUAAAGGUGUCACGUGAUGUGACGUCAAUCGAUGACGUCGACUUCCUGUGUCAAGUUCAUAAGUCCCUCGGGGAUUUGUAUUUUGACUGGAGAAAGCUGGAUAAAGCUGUUGGUUAUUAUGAGGGUGUAUUGAAGACAGCGGUUGAAGUCUCGAGAUAUGUUAAUAUGGAUGAGGUGGGUUUUAUUAUUUAUUAUUAUUAUUAAAAUUAUUAUUAAAAAUUCUUUAUAGACGGUAGCUUAUCAACCUAUAUCUAUUGAAAAGAUAUGUAGUUUCUAAUAAAUUUUCAAAUAAUGAAAAUGGUUGAUUUUCACAAGGCCGUGUAGAAAUAAAGAAUAAACAGAAGAACAACAAUGGGUGUCUCCAGCUAUAGACUAAAUUUUGAUCAAGGCAAGAAGAACGAAAUCCAACACGACAGCUAGAAAGAGCGUCUUAGAAUGAGUAAAACUGCAAAGAUUGGUUGCUAGAUGUUGUAAAACGAAGAAAAUAUAGCCCUGUGAAGUUCGCAAAUUUGUAUAUAUUUGUAUUACGCGCAGUAAAAAUAACCACUUUCGCCCCAAAAUUGGAUGGACCUCUAGGGAGAACAGUUUAGAAUUGAUAGAGCUAUGCAGUAUAAAUAAAGUUAGUUUAGUUUAGGUUUCCUCCUGUAGUAACACCAGAUCAAUAAGAGAUGAUCCUUACUGGACUAGACCUCUAGGGAAAACAGUUUAGAACUGAUAGAGCUAUCCAGUAUUAAUAAAGUUUUGCUGGUCUUAUAUAAGUUAAUUCCAACGUGUAUCUGUUUUUCUUUAGGUGAUGUUAGUGGCAAUCCAAGCGCAUGCCAGACACCGCCUGGCGAGCAUUUCAAUACGUACGACCCUUAAUUCUCGUGGAUUUUCAAACUUCUUCACACGUAAUGAUAAGAGUUCUGGCAAAAAGAAAGACAACUCGCUGGCUUUAGUCCCUCAAACAGGAGACCAGCUGAAUGAGGCCUCUAGAUUGAUGGAAAUUGCUAAAUUUGAAGAAGGUAGUGAUACGUAAACCUAAACUAAGCUAACUUUAUUUAUACUGGAUAGCUCUAUCAGUUCUAAACUGUUCUCCCUAGAGGUCCAGUAAGGAUUAUCUCUUAUUGAUACAGUGUUACUACAGGAGGAAAUAUAAACUAAAUUAACUUUAUUUAUACUGGAUAACUCUAUCAGUUCUAAACUGUUCUCCCUAGAGGUCCAGUAAGGAUUAUCUCUUAUUGAUCCAGUGUUACUACAGGAGGAAAUAUAAACUAAAUUAACUUUAUUUAUACUGGAUAGCUCUAUCAGUUCUAAACUGUUCUCCCUAGAGGUCCAGUAAGGAUCCUCUCUUAUCGAUCCAGUGUUACUACAGGAGGAAAUCUAAACUAAAUUAAUUUUAGUUACACUGGAUAGCUCUAUCAGUUCUAAACUGUUCUCCCUAGAGGUCCAGUAAGGACCAUCUCUUAUUGAUCCAGUGUUACUACAGGAGGAAACUUAAACUAAACUAACUUUAUUUAUACUGGAUAGCUCUAUCAGUUCUAAACUGUGUAUUUAUCCAGUAUCACUACAGGAGGAAACUUAUUGAUUCAGUGUUACUACAAGAGGAAACCUAACUUUACAAUUAGGUGCUUGACAAGCACCGGGCAAGAUUUUAUUUUAUUUUCUGUCUACACAGGAAAAGGACCAUUGUGCCAUACAAUGGCUUUACUGGCUGUCUGCGAGAAACGUCUGGAUGAUGCAGAACUACUUCUAAACAGAGCCGUUGACGAGAUGGAAAGAUGGCAUGGGCCAUCACACCCUGCUGUCGCAACAAUCCUGCAAGAUUUGGCUAGGUACCAGUCCUAUUGCGACCAAGAAGAGCACGACAUUACAAGGACUGAAAAGCUGUAUCGUCGAGUAUUGAAUAUCCGUGAAAGGAAGUUGGGAAAGUCACAUUUGGAUGUAGCUGAAACUUUGCUGGAAUUAGGUACGUCCAGUGUAUAUUAGAGCUUAUAUAAGCUUAGGGCCUCUAGGAAGAACAGUUUAGGACUGAUUGAGCUAUCGAGUAUAAAUAAAGUUAGUUUAGUGUUGGUUUACCGCUGUAGUAACACUGGAUCAAUAAGAGAUGAUCCUUACUGGACCACUAGGGAGAACAGUUUAGAACUGAUAUGUAUCCAGUGUAAAUGAAGUUAGAUUAGUUUAGAUUUCCACUUGUAGUAACACUGGAUCAAUAAGAAAUGACUCUAAAUGGACCUCUAUGGAAUAAAUAAAGAUACAGUUUAGAUAUUAAUACUUGCUAGGUAAAUAAAACGUUUCUAUUUUCUAUCUUAUUUUGCAUCAUCUCUAUUUUAGGUUGUAUUUUACAGAAGAAAGGAACAAGAGACAGCUUGCAGGAAUGUCGUAAUUUACUACAACGGUCAGUUGACAUCAGAGCAGAGAAAUUGGGAAUGUAUCACGAAUGCUCUAUCGAGGUAAGAAAAAUUCUCGUACAAUUAGCGUAG